AUGGACAGAACAUUGGUGGCCGUACUCAUUUUUACCCUCGCUGUUAACUAUCUGAGUGUGACGUACUGCGACGAAGAUGAGGCCGGUAAACCAUCUGAAACUGCUGAAGCCCCAGCUCCUGUGCCUACAAAGUCCAAAUCCGGCACCCCUGGUAAGGGGAAACCUAGGAGAGACUGGAUGAAGGUGUAUGGUAUUGAUAAGUCGAAAAAAAGAGCAAACAAAACAGUGAAAACUUGA